AUGGACAGCAGCGCAUCGUCCAGCCAAUCACCAAAGGACGACGUCCCCGAGUCUCUCCCACCGGGUCCUUCCUUCUUAGCUUCCUUAUUACGACCCUGGUUUCUUAUACUGAAAAUAACCGGGUUUCAUCCAUUGUCAUCCACCGGCAAAUUUUCUUUUGUUAGUCCACCAUACCAGCGUCUGCUACGCAUCAUUUUGGACAUCCUCGGUCUGCUGUGGUCCUCCGUCUUCGUCAUCGGGGUCGUGCUGCUCUUCUCGGUCACUGUCAUUCCCGCGGUCAUCAAAUCCCAAUCCAACAGCACCAGCGACAUGGUCCGGCAAGCCUGCCGUAUCACGAUACAUAUCGUCCUUUUAAUCGGCAUCCCGUACUACAUCCAUCUCUUUCGGGGACUCCACCUCUUCCUCCUGCAAUCCCAUCACUUCACAUCGACCUACUUAAACCCCCCCGAACGCCGCCGCUUCCAACGCGUCCUCCUGGCGUUGAGCAUCGUCCAAACCGCUAUCACCAUUACCCGCGUGGUGGACGCCAUCUAUAUCCCGGUGAAACAGAUGGAGAAUGAUUUUGUCACCAACCUCCUGUCGGUAUGCGGGGACUCCUCCUACACCGGACUGCGGGCGUUGGCCCGCGGCAUCUUCAUCAUCGACCAGAUCAACCAGUGUUCGUUAUUCAUCAGUCAUUCGUGCUUUAUCGUCAUCUGGUUGGUGCUGGGGGUGUGUUAUACCCACUUGAGUGACCGGAUGCGGGCGGGUGGCGGGGAGGAGGUGGACCGGUUGCUGGAGGAGCAUGCAAAUUUGAAUGCGCUGGUAUUGUCGCUGGAGCAUAAGAUCACGUAUCUGACGCUGGCGUUGUAUGUCAAUGAUCUGGUGUGUCUGCUGUAUUUUAUUGGUUGUCAUAAAGAGGAUCGAAUGAAUCCGGAGUAUAUCGCUUAUGUACCGAACAUUACCGCGUCGCUGGUUAUCUUUGCGUUUAUGGUCAUGCGGACGUUUGCGCUGAUUUAUACUAGCGAGCAGGCGAAUUCCGCUGUCCCUGUAAUGCAUACGGUGGCUCGAACGGAAAUGUCAGCAACGCGCCGGAUGGAUUUAUUCAUGCAGCUAUAUCAGAUGGAAACCACGCCGAUGACCUUUAGCCUUGGCGGCAUUAUUGCCACUAAUCGCACCUUCAUUUUAUCUGUUGUUGGGUUAAUUCUGACCUACGCUGUCGUCAUCCUUCAGCUGGACCAGAAAGAUUCACCGGAUCUAAAUACUACUGAGUGGAAGAAUUUGUUUAAAGAUGCCUUGAGUGCCAGUAGACGCAAUAUUACUGAGUUGAUUAUUCAGCAGAAUAUCAGCAUGUAUGUGUAUCUAUGA